CACUCGUGCGUUUCUCUGCCCCUGACGCUCUAAGCUUUCUGCUUUCUGCGUGUCUCUCAGCCUCUUUCGGUCCCUCUUUCACGGUCUCACUCCUCAGCUCUGUGCCCCCAAUGCCUUGCCUCUCUCCAAAUCUCUCACGACCUGAUUUCUACAGCCGCUCUACCCAUGGGUCCCUCACAAAUCAGGGGACAGAGGAGUAUUGAAAGUCAGCUCAGAGGUGAGCGCGCGCAGCCAGCGUUUCCCGCGGAUACAGCAGUCGGGUGUUGGAGAGGUUUGCAAAGGGCGUGCCGGAGAGCCAAGUGCAGCCGCCUAGGGCUGCCGGUCGCUCCCUCCCUCCCUGCCCAGUAGGGGACCGAGCGCGCACGCCAGUGUGGAGGGGCGGGCUGGCUGGCCAGUCUGCGGGCCCCUGCGGCCACCCCGGGGACCCCCCCCCCAAGCCCCGCCCCGCAGUGUUCCUAUUGGCCUCGGACUCCCCCUCCCCCAGCUGCCCGCCUGGGCUCCGGGGCGUUUAGGCUACUACGGAUAAAUAGCCCAGGGCGCCUGGCGAGAAGCUAGGGGUGAGGAAGCCCUGGGGCGCUGCCGCUGCUUUCCUUAACCACAAAUCAGGCCGGACAGGAGAGGGAGGGGUGGGGGACAGUGGGUGGGCAUUCAGACUUCCAGCACUUUGCUAUCUACAGCCGGGGCUCCCGAGCGGCAGAAAGUUCCGGCCACUCUCUGCCGCUUGGGUUGGGCGAAGCCAGGACCGUGCCGCGCCACCGCCAGGAUAUGGAGCUACUGUCGCCACCGCUCCGCGACGUAGACCUGACGGCCCCCGACGGCUCUCUCUGCUCCUUUGCCACAACGGACGACUUCUAUGACGACCCGUGUUUCGACUCCCCGGACCUGCGCUUCUUCGAAGACCUGGACCCGCGCCUGAUGCACGUGGGCGCGCUCCUGAAACCCGAAGAGCACUCGCACUUCCCCGCGGCGGUGCACCCGGCCCCGGGCGCACGUGAGGACGAGCAUGUGCGCGCGCCCAGCGGGCACCACCAGGCGGGCCGCUGCCUACUGUGGGCCUGCAAGGCUUGCAAGCGCAAGACCACCAACGCCGACCGCCGCAAGGCCGCCACCAUGCGCGAGCGGCGCCGCCUGAGCAAAGUAAAUGAGGCCUUUGAGACACUCAAGCGCUGCACGUCGAGCAAUCCAAACCAGCGGUUGCCCAAGGUGGAGAUCCUGCGCAACGCCAUCCGCUAUAUCGAGGGCCUGCAGGCUCUGCUGCGCGACCAGGACGCCGCGCCCCCUGGCGCCGCAGCCGCCUUCUAUGCGCCGGGCCCGCUGCCCCCGGGCCGCGGAGGCGAGCACUACAGCGGCGACUCCGACGCGUCCAGCCCGCGCUCCAACUGCUCCGACGGCAUGAUGGACUACAGCGGCCCCCCGAGCGGCGCCCGGCGGCGGAACUGCUACGAAGGCGCCUACUACAACGAGGCGCCCAGCGAACCCAGGCCCGGGAAGAGUGCGGCGGUGUCGAGCCUAGACUGCCUGUCCAGCAUCGUGGAGCGCAUCUCCACCGAGAGCCCUGCGGCGCCCGCCCUCCUGCUGGCCGACGUGCCUUCUGAGUCGCCUCCGCGCAGGCAAGAGCCUGCCGCCCCCAGCGAGGGAGAGAGCAGCGGCGACCCCACCCAGUCACCGGACGCCGCCCCGCAGUGCCCUGCGGGUGCGAACCCCAACCUGAUAUACCAGGUGCUCUGAGGGGAUGGUGGCCGCCCACCCGCCCGAGGGAUGUUGCCCCUAGGGUCCCUCGCGCCCAAAAGAUUGAACUUAAAUGCCCGCCUCCCAACAGCGCUUUAAAAGCGACCUCUCUUGAGGUAGGAGAGGCGGGAGAACUGAAGUUUCCGCCCCCGCCCCACAGGGCAAGGACACAGCGCGGUUUUUUCCACGCAGCACCCUUCUCGGAGACCCAUUGCGAUGGCCGCUCCGUGUUCCUCUGUGGGCCAGAGCUGAACCUUGAGGGGCUAGGUUCAGCUUUCUCGCGCCCUCCCCCAUGGGGGUGAGACCCUCGCAGACCUAAGCCCUGCCCCGGGAUGCACCGGUUAUUUGGGGGGACGUGAGACCCAGUGCACUCCGGUCCCAAAUGUAGCAGGUGUAACCGUAACCCACCCCCAACCCGUUUCCCGGUUCAGGACCACUUUUUGUAAUACUUUUGUAAUCUAUUCCUGUAAAUAAGAGUUGCUUUGCCAGAGCAGGAGCCCCUGGGGCUGUAUUUAUCUCUGAGGCAUGGUGUGUGGUGCUACAGGGAAUUUGUACGUUUAUACCGCAGGCGGGCGAGCCGCGGGCGCUCGCUCAGGUGAUCAAAAUAAAGGCGCUAAUUUAUACCGCC